AAGGCAUGUCAUCAGUGCAGUGGUAGACGGAAAAGGAGACCCAGUAUUUUAGUUUUGACAGUUUAAUUGAUUUUAAAAGACACAGAUCGACAACACCAUCUUCAAGGUAAUCAUCAUGCAAAUCGACACAAGUGAAAUCCAGUCGAUAGGGGAUGUUUUAGUCGACAAAACCCGGCCUCUUCCGGAGCGUUUUCGUGCCCUAUUCACGUUGCGCAACCUCGGUGGGCCAGCAGCGGUGGCCAGCAUCGGGCGGUGUUUCAGCGAUGACUCGGCCCUGUUGAAGCAUGAGGUUGCGUACUGUCUCGGUCAGAUGCAAGAUGAAGAAGCCAUUCCUAUUCUAGUUACUGUGCUUGAAGAUGUGAAACAGGAACCCAUUGUCAGACAUGAAGCAGGGGAAGCUCUUGGAGCGAUUGGUUCUCCCAGCAUCUUGAGUGUCUUGAAGAAGUAUGAAAACGACCCCAUCAUAGAGAUUGCAGAGACCUGCCAGCUGGCCUUGCAAAGGAUAGAGUGGUUACAGAGUGAACAGAGGACCCAAGAAGAAACCAAAAUCACGACAAACCCAUUCAAAUCGGUGGAUCCUGCUCCACCAGCCGUACCGGCCACCCUUGAGGAACUUCAGGCAAGGUUAUUGAAUGAGGAAUCAACUCUCUUCGACAGGUACAGGGCUAUGUUUGCUUUGAGAAACAGGAAUGACGAGCCGGCUGUACGAGCUUUAGCCAAGGGUCUGAAGUGCAAGAGCGCCCUCUUUAGGCACGAGAUAGCCUAUGUUCUUGGACAGAUGCAGCACAGAGCAUGCAUCCCGGAACUUCUUGAGGCCCUCGGGAAAUCCGAAGAGAACUCUAUGGUUCGUCAUGAGUGUGCAGAGGCCCUGGGUUCCAUUGCCCAGGAGGACUGCCUGGAUAAGCUCAAAGAAUUCUUGACCGAUGAGGAGAGGGUAGUUAGAGAGAGCUGUGUGGUCGCGCUUGACAUGGGGGAGCAUGAGACCAGUAGUGAAUUCCAGUAUUGUGACGGACUAUCAAAAGUGGGUUCUCAAACAUCAGAACCAUCUGCUUAAUGACGUCAAAGCUUUGUUCUUUGUGGGUGGCGUCUGGACGGGCAAAUUAGCUGCAUUUAAAGCUGUGUUGAUAGUUGCAUGGUGUCACAUGGAGUCAUUGACCUUGAUAGCCAAUCGAUACCGAGCUCUGUAAUUACUCAUCUCAGGUUCGUAAAUGUUCCCCCGUGUACUGCGGCCGAUUUCACAAAACACUAGGAUCAAUUCAGUAUAACCCAUCCUAACUUAGGAUGGGUUCAAUGCGUCCCAACGUCUUCCAGUACGGAACUGAACUUGUCCUACAUUAAGUCCCAAGAUUAAUCCUAAGUUUGGAAGAGUUUGGUGAAAUCGACGGCUGGUCAAUUAAGUUCUGGAAAAAAGUCCUUAAAAUACACAAGAUAUGCAUGCUUGUUAAAGCCACACAUUUAUUAAAUAAAAAACUGCAAAUAAAUCAUGAUACAUGUAAAUUAACAUAACGAUUUUCAGUCUCCAACUUAUUUCAUGGUGUGUUGUGGCCUAGCAAUCUAGUUUGACAGUGGGCUCAAGCUCUGGCUAGUAUAGUAGUAAGUAGUGUGGGUUGAAUCUUGUCAUGACACUUGAGCAAGGCACUUUUUUAAAGUUGAGAAUGUAGUGCAUUCUGCUUAUUCCUACCAGCUGGGCUCCCAGUUACAGACUGUGAAGGGGUUAACCCUGUUCCAGCCCCAUGAGUACAAUUACAUGUAGGUGCAACGUGCCCCUGGUGGCAGCUGAUUUGAGUUGAUUGCCCAAAUCAGUCAAGUGUAUGUAAAAAAACAAAAAAAUUAAAAAUUAAUAUGUAUGUAUACUGUAAAGAUUUUGAAAACUGUGGACGACCCCUAAAAUUCGACACUUUAAAGGGUCUAUGUAACUUUUGUAGGACAAAAAACACAAUGUCCACAGAUU